AUGUCAACAAAAACGUAACCUAACAAAUUUAAAAUAUAACCUCCAAAUAAAUUGUUGCGGCAUGUAUUAUGCUGUAUUUGUUAUAAAAUAUCAUCUGAAUAAUUGAACAAUGUUUACGACCAAAGCUUUUAUUAAAAAGAACAAAGUUGGGAACUAUCUGAAGCAUGUUCGAGAACAUUAUAUUCGUGAUGACAUUUCUUGUGGUCUUCAAGAAUGUGAAGUUUGUUUUCCAGUGGAGUCAUUCCUUUCCCCAGAUCAUCAAAACAGAUGUGCUUUAUUCAAAUACAACCACUACUUAAUAUUAGACACAAAUGUUGUUCUUGAUCAGAUGGAUAUUUUGGAAGAGGCAGCUAUUGGCAAUGUAAUAAUCCUCCAUACAGUUCUAAAUGAAGUGAAACACCGAAGUUUACCAAUUUACAAACGCUUAUGCAACGUAAUUGAAAACCCUAGUCGCCAUUUUUACGUUUUUAUUAACGACCACCAUCAAGGGACUUAUUUGCAACAAAAAGAAGGUGAACUCAUUAAUGACUACAACGACAGGUGUAUUCGAGCUGCAUGUUCUUGGUACAUAAAGCACGCCCCUAAACAAAAAUUUGUUUUUCUUACUGACGAUUCAGCUAAUCGAAUUAAGGCCCAACAAGAGGAUAUCCCUUCUUACACUGUCUCAGAAUACGUUCAAAAUCUUGACGCGUCAGGUCUCACUGAUAAAUUAUCGCGGAAGGAUUUCCACGUGAAUGAUUUUGCUAAAGACGUUUUCCCCAAUCAUUUGAGUAACGUCGAGGUUUUGACUGGCAUAAGACAGGGAAAACUGCUCCAAGGAACAUUCCGGGCUUCUCGCGAUAACUUCCUGGAAGGUUUCGUUAACGUGGAUUCAUACGAUGAACCUGUGAUAGUUCAGGGGCGGGCUGGUCUCAACCGCGCCGUCGAUGGCGACACUGUGGCCGUUGAACUGUUAAAAGAGGAGGAAUGGGUGUGUCCCAGCGAAAUUGUCCUAGAAGACGAAGGUGACGAAACUGUUGAUGAUGUUACCACAAAAGAGGAUGAGUUGAAGAAAGCGACGAAGAAGAAGAAUGGGGCUAAGCCCACCGGACGCGUCGUUGGGAUUAUUCGCAGAAAGUGGAGACAGUAUUGCGGAAUUUUGCAAGGGGGCAUUGAUGGCGUUUAUCAGUUGUUUGUCCCAGCUGAUAAGAGUAUACCCAAAAUUAAAAUUGAGACUCGCCAGGCAGAGUUCCUGAGAACUCAGAAAUUGAUUGUUACGAUCGAUUCUUGGCCUAAGCAUUCGCGAUAUCCUCAUGGUCAUUUUGUGAGAGCUUUGGGCAACAUUGGAGACCAAACUACCGAAAAUGAAGUCAUUUUGUUGGAACAUGACGUUCCUCAUAGCCAAUUUUCUGAGGAAGUUCUAAACUGUUUGCCUAAAAUGCCUUGGGUCAUCACCGAUGAUGAUGUUAAAAAACGUGUCGACCUUAGACACCUCGACAUUUGCUCGGUGGAUCCCCCAGGUUGCACUGACAUUGACGAUGCCCUUCAUUGUCGCCCAAUCGCUGAUGAUAUAUUCGAAGUUGGUGUGCACAUCGCUGAUGUUUCUUAUUUUAUAAGACCUGGAACGCCUCUGGAUCGCGAAGCUGCGUCUAGGGCCACUACAGUGUAUUUGGUUAAUAAUAGAAUAGAUAUGGUCCCAGAGCUGCUCAGUUCUAAUCUCUGUUCCUUACGGGGAGGGGAGGAAAGAUUCGCGUUUUCUUGUGUUUGGGAAAUGGACAAAAACGCGAACAUUUUAAAUACACGAUUUCAUAAAAGCAUUAUCAAAUCAAAGAAAGCCAUGACGUACGAAGAGGCGCAACUAAUAAUUGACGACAAAACCAAACAGGACACUUUGGCUGAGUCUUUGAGGAGUUUGAAUAAGUUGGCGAAAAUAAUGAAGCAUCGCAGACUAGCGAAUGGAGCUUUAGUCCUUGCAUCACCUGAGGUGAAAAUUCAACUAGAUUCUGAAACAAUGGAACCAUUGGACGUGGAAGUGAAAAAACUAUUUGAGACAAAUUCCAUGAUUGAGGAAUUUAUGUUACAAGCUAAUAUCAGUGUUGCUGAACGAAUCCUUGAAGAGUUUCCCGAUUGUGCGAUGUUGCGUCGCCACCCAGUCCCUCCUGCCAUUAAUUUCGAUCCUCUGGUUAAAGCAGGACGUCACCUUGGCUUUGAAAUUAAAGUAGAUUCGGGCAAAAAUUUAGCAAAAUCGCUUGACGAUGCAGUGGACUCAAAGAAUCCUUAUCUGAACACAAUGUUCCGAAUUUUAGCGACGCGUUGUAUGCUACAAGCCGUUUACUUUGCAAGUGGUACUUACCAAAAAGAAGAGUACUUUCAUUACGGUUUAGCUGUGCCUUUAUACACACAUUUCACGUCACCGAUUCGUAGAUAUGCUGAUAUCAUAGUGCACAGGUUGUUAGCAGUCAUUUGCGGUGCCGAUUCCACGUAUCCAGAUCUUUUGGAUAAGAAUAAAACGAAUGAGUUGUGCCAAAAUUUAAAUUACAGGAAUCGAAUGGCUCAGUAUGCUGGAAGAGCGUCAAUUGCGUUCAAUACUCAUUUGUUUUUCAAAGGGAAACUUCAAGAUGAGAAAGGUUACGUGUUGCACGUCCGAAAAAACGCUUUGCAAGUUCUCAUACCCCGAUAUGGCUUGGAAUGUACUCUAUUUCUAGCUAAAAAGGGCGAAAUUUCGAAUAUUUUUGAGUAUAAUGAAGAGGACCAAACUCAAAAAACUGGAAGUAUUGUUAUUCAUGCUUUUGAUCCCGUUGUCGUCCGUCUAUCGCUCGAUUCCAAUAACAUUCAACAUGAAAAAUUCGUUUUACAACUUGUCAAACCUUACGUUGAGGGUUUCAGUGUCCCUCCUCUUGAGGAACCAGAAAGUAACGAAAAGAAGCGUAAACAACCGGAACCGGAGAUAAGUAAAAAGAAAGGAAGAAAAAGACACUAGUAAUUAUUGUAAGAAAAAGUUUUUAAUGUUCUUAUUAAAAUAAAUGUUUGACGACUUGUUUGUCAAAACCACAGGAAU